AUGACCAUCUCUGGAUUCGGUAAUUUUGGUGAUGACAUUAACCCUCAUCUAAAUCUCAGGUUCAAGCAGGGUAGCUUUCAGACCGCCGCUCUUGCUGUUCUCAAGCAGAACGACGUUCGUGCACUGGACCUCCACCCAGAGUUGCCGCAGUUCAGGCAGUUGAAGAACUUCUUCAAGGGCAUUUCUGUCACACUCAUCCACCGGCCAGGCCUCAGAUUGUACCUUCGACAUUACCCAUCGUUAUCAGCCCAAUGGCAUGCACCUUCGUUGGAUGCACAGCCUCCUUCAAGCUGGUCAAAGCGCCCUGCCAGCAGACGCAAAAGUAUUGAUGGCGGAUCUCAGCCUGCUUUUAGUGACUCAGAAUCGUCUUUCUCCGCCAGUCUCAGUGUUCGGUCGAACGCGCAUGCCGUCAAAUCCAACGAGUCCUUCAAGCAUUACCAUAGGACUAUUCUCCCUCAACUCGACCGGCUUGUCACCUUUCGCGUGGCCACACUCCCGCACAAGCUUACUACUCCCAGGUAUAAUUCACUUCCGCAGGUGAACAGAACACUUGUAUCAUUCAGUAUCGACGAAAGAAGUUGUGUUUGCCUAUCGAUUGCUGCUUCAAUCCCUCCCGCAACUUUCAGCAGUGCCUCGGCUACAGACAGACUCGGACUCGGAGCUUCAAACUGGAAUGCACGUGCUAACUUCCGCCGUUUCUGUGGUGCUUCACGGGCUGCGGGUACUGAUGCGCCCCGCUGUCCAUUGAAAAGGUCAUGGUCAAAGUAGCGCCGAGGCUGUUUGCAGUUGUCAUCGGUCAGGUUGAUUCAAUCCUGAGUAGUAUUACUUACCGUGACAGCCUGAGUGUAUUCUUCAACUUGAAUGAAGUUAGACUCAGAGUGCUGUCUCUUCUGUACAUACGUCACGCGCGUCGCGCGCGGCGCGCUUAAACACCAGUGCAAUAAUUUUACAAGUCAAACUACGUACAAAGGACAUCUAUAUGUUGGCAAUAGUGCGUGUGAGUCGUGUAUCCUAAAAACCAUAUGGUCCAGGCUCCAGCCGUCUGAUGCACUUCGGCUGUGGUCUCCUCCAUUCCACAUUAUUUGGGUCUGGCCAUAAGGAAGCAUUGUCCCAUUGAACUUGAGGUGGUGCGCCGGGAGUCGAGAAAAACCCUA